CAACGAUCCAUCAUCAUUCUCCAUCAUCAUUAAAGGAUAUAAGCAGCGGUUCUUCUGCUUUGAUGUGUCCUUGGAAUCCCAGAAAUAAUUGGAAGUGAAACCUCUGUUGCUCUGCGCGAUCGUGCCCAGAAAAUAUUGGGUGCAUCUCCUGCCUGUGAGCGUGGUCUCCGCGAGAGAGAGAUGGGAGGGAGAGACUGGUUUCACAGGGAGGUGGUUCCAUUUUCAGCUGUGAUCACCUCGGACAGCAUCUCAGUGGGCAUGACCACGCUGUUCAAAGCGGCGAACUCGAGAGGGAUGAGCUACUAUGUUUUCCUCGUCUAUGCUUAUUCGAUUGGUUCUCUUCUUCUCCUCCCUGCUCCCUUCUUCUCUCUCAAGUCAAGAGUGCUUCCUCCUCUCAGCUUCGUCAUACUUGCCAAAAUCGGGCUUCUUGGGCUCAUUGGGGGCUUUUCACAGAUUUUCGGCUAUGCUGGGAUCAGCAUGAGUUCUCCAACUCUGGGUUCAGCCAUCAGCAACCUCACUCCAGCUCUCACUUUCAUACUUGCCAUCCUUUUCAGGAUGGAGAAGGUGUCACUAAGCAGAAGAAGCAGUCAGGCUAAGAUCAUUGGGACUGUAAUGUCAAUUUCUGGUGCAUUGGUCAUCACUCUCUAUAAAGGCCUUCCGAUCACACACAGUCCGAAACCUUCUCUCUCACUUUAUCCACUUGUGCACUCAUCGAACUCAAAUUGGGUCGUUGGGGGGAUUCUCCUCACUGCUGACUAUAUUUUGGUCACUUUGUGGUACAUUCUUCUGAAACAGAUAAUGAAGGAUUAUCCAGCAGAGCUGACUGUAAUGUUCUUUUACAAUGUGAUCGUGACCUUCAUGAACACCAUUGUCUGUUUAGUAAUGGAACAUGAUAUGAGUGCUUGGAGAGUGCUAGGUAUAGGGCUGGCUUCAGUAAUAUGCUCGGGCAUCUUUGACCGAUGCUUAAACAACACCGUUCACACAUGGGCAAUCCGGUUGAAAGGCCCUUUCUAUGUAGCGAUGUUCAAGCCGUUGUCGAUUCCUGUGGCUGUUGCCAUGGGUGUCUUCUUUCUUAGAGACACACUUCAUCUUGGAAGUCUUAUAGGAGCGACCAUACUGGCCAUUGGGUUCUAUAUUGUAAUGUGGGGGAAGGGGAAGGAGGAAAUGGUUGAGGAGUCUGCGGAGAUUCGAUCGGAUUCAUCAUCCUUUCAAAAAGUCCCUCUACUGCGAGAACGCUAAGACAAAUGAAGAGUAGAACAGAUUUCCGCAGAGGGAUUGAAGGUAGGUGCUGCAUGGAAAUUUUGUGAUAAUAAUUAUCUCGACCUCAAUAAGCCUGCACAUAUAAUUGUUGGUGCCGCACUUAUCAUUGAUCUGAGUACGAAGGAAUCAAAUUAUGAUUGCCUAUCGAUCCCAAAAAACCAGAUCACUUGUUCAACCAUCGAGAGGUGUGGAUGAAGGGCAUCAGUCCAAGCACAAAGCCGAGCUAUGACGUAUGAAAAUAUUAAGUCUCUUGCUUCCAAUAUAGUCCAUUUCUAUCUGUACAAAAGACCCUAGUCAGUAGUUACAGAAAUAUGUUGCUUUUUAUGUGAAUGAAUUCUGCUAUAAAUGUAUUUCAAGGUGAAAAAAGGACGAUGAUGAUAAACGUUCUUUUCUCUGACUAUGGUAUGAACUAAGUGCACGCA